UUGAGAUAUAUUGAGAUGGAGAUCGCGCUAUACCUCCACAGAAACUUACCCUUGCCUCCUAUCAACAACCCUGUUUUUUUGCAGAUUGAGAUGGAGAUCCUAGUGCGGUUUGUGGGGGCCCUGGAGAUAUUGCUGUGUUGGCUCACAGCACCCAUAUACUUCCUGCUUCACCUCCGCAGAAACCGACCUGUGCCUCCUAUCAGCAACCCUAUCUUGUUGGAGAGUGCUACUGAACUGGCGAGGAAAAUAAGGACAGAGGAGUACUCGAGUGAGCAAGUAGUGCGGGCCUUCAUACUGAGAUGUCGUGAGGUGAACCCCAUCCUGAAUGCAGUCGUCGAGGACCGUUACGUGAAAGCACUCAGCGAAGCACACACUGUGGACCAGAUGAUUUAUAACAAAGAAAAAACUGUGGAAGAAAUGGAAAGGGACACGCCGUUCCUGGGUGUUCCAUUUACAGUAAAAGAAAGCAUUGGAGUAAAAGGCAUGAGCCAGAGCGUGGGUUGUUUGCCCAGACUAGGGGUGAAGGCUUCUUGUGAUGGAGACUCAGUUGCUAACAUGCGACGUGCCGGAGCCAUCCCCAUUGCGGUCACCAACACUCCUGAGUUGUGUCUCUGUUGGGAAUCCACCAACCUCAUCACUGGACGCACCAACAACCCCUACGAUCUCAACCGCACCCCUGGUGGUUCCUCUGGAGGAGAGGCAGCCCUCGUAUCUUCUGGAGCCUCUGUUCUCGGAGUGGCUUCGGAUAUUGCAGGAUCCAUCCGGUUGCCAGCUGCGUUUACUGGUGUGUUCGGACACAAACCUACUCCUGGAUAUAUCUCCCUAAAUGGCCACUACCCUACUUCGAAUGAUGAAAAUUUCAGCAAGUUCUUGGUAGUUGGUCCAAUGGUUAGAUAUGUACAGGACUUGAAACCUCUGUUCAAAAUCAUGGCAGGGGAAAAGGCUGCUAUUCUCAAUUUAGAUGAGGAAAUAAACAUGAAAAAACUUAGAGUUAUGUAUAUGACAGACUUGGGGGAGUCCAUGGUCAUGAUACCUACUGAUGAGGAGAUCAGAGCGGCAGUGAAAAAUUCAGCAGAUCAUUUAAAAACAAAAUUUGGCUGCCAAACAGAAAUGCCCUAUAUUGAGGAGUUAAGUGACACAGUCGAGAUCAGCUCUUCAGUGUUCUUUUCGAUGGAUGGAAUUCCAGAUCUGAUGGAAAUUUCCAGUUCCGAUGAUCCUAAGAUGAAGAAGAAUAUAUUCAUCGAGAUGAUUAAAGGAAUAUUUGGACUCUCAGAGUUUUCACUGGCUGGUCUGAUCUUUACAGCUAUCUACAAAUGUAAUGGGUUUAUGCUUAAAAGCAGACAGCAGAAGUAUAUACAAAUGCACAAAGUACUGAAGAAAAAACUUACUGAUAUGCUUGGCGACGAUGGUGUAUUUAUUCUACCCACACACCCCAUACCAGCUUACUACCAUGGGCAGUUCACUAUGAAGACAGCUGGAGUAGGUUUUACCAUGAUCUUCAACACUCUGGAGAUGCCUGCCACUCAUGUACCCAUGGGGUUGAACAAAGAUGGCCUACCCAUCGGAGUUCAGGUGGUUGCAGGUCCACAUCAAGACAGACUUUGUUUAGCUGUGGCGCAAGAGCUUGGGCAGAAGUUCGGAGGCUGGGUUCCUGCACCUUAAGAAACUUACAACCUGGAAGCUUGACUGUGAUAUACUAUAGAAGCUCAAUCAACCAUACUGUAGACCCUACUACAGUACUAGAUAUAAGCACAUAACACUUUACACCGAGAAAUACUGGCAUAACAAAGAGAAAGUUGUGUUAAAUGUCUUUAGAGAUAGGGAUAAAUAAUUUUGGUAUUUAUUAUUAAAUACAUGUGAAUGUAGUUUAGUGGUAAAGGACUAUACAAAAUAGUGUUUUUUAAUUUUAUUAGAUAGUAUUAAUAUAGAAUAGAAAUUUGUAAUUUUGUAUGUUUUUUAUUACCAUAACACUGAUAAAAUAAAACAAAAAAUACACUUGAAAUUCUAAUGUACUGAUGUCUGUCCCUGUACUGACAGAAGACAGAAAUAGUAAUAGCCUAAUCUGGGCAAUAUUAUAGAUUUUUGAAAAUACUAUUAAAUAUUGUUUUCUAAAUGUUAUAUUUAUUUGAAACUUUAUACUUUUAUCUUUCAAAUGAUAUACAACACUUAAUUCUUCAAACAUAUUGCCUAAAUGUAACAAAAUGUUCAAAACUUGCCAUUUUUCCAGGAACAAAAUGUUCCUCUACAUGUAUAAACAUGUUUUAUUCCUAUAUAACCCAACAAAAUUUCAUUUUUAUAUAUUUUUACAUUAUUAUUUAACUAUGGAAAUAUUUACAUAAAUUUACAACAUUAAAUCAUGAAAAGUUUGUGUUGUUGAUCAAAUGUUUUUUUUGUAAUAAACAAACUAUAGGGGGUGCAAUUUCGUUUAACUCUUAGGCUGCAAUCACUACUUAAGUGGAAAAAAAUGUUAAUUGCUUUAUUAGUAAAACCCAGAAAAUAAAUUAUUGAUUUACUACCUAA